AUGGGGAACUCGCUGAGCUGUUGCUUGGGCACCAAGGCCAGCCCCAAGCGGGGCCAGCGCAGGAGGUCUGGGGAGCUGUACUGCAGCGCUGACAUCUAUGAGGCAACAUCAAGCAAAGGUGUAGGCCAAGGCAGAGAGGAGCACAGGCGCUGCAGAUGGAACCUGCUGCUCCCUAAUGCCAGCCCCAAGCAAAACCAGCGCAGGGUGCGGUGGGCGGAACCGCCCUGCAGCUAUAACAUCACGGAGGCGGAGGUGGCAGUAGUCCACACCCUGAUGCUGUGGAACCUGCACAGCCGGAUUUGGGAGCAGACAAGGGCCAUGACCUGCAACACAUCAGUGACCAGGAAAUGCCCAAAGAUACCUCCAUGGCAUCUUGAUAGAAAAUACAGCUCAUGUUCCACCAUAUUGCUAGAUAACAGCACAAUCAGCCAGCCUGAUCUUAGACAUACAUUAGAAAGAUGAGUACGAUACGCAGAUAGAUCUCUGGAUAUUUUUGAAGAGCCAAUACAUCCACUUUCACAAGAGAAGGUUCCAGGGAAAUCCUUUGAGCAUGAUCCCAAACGCGACUGUAUUUUGAGAUAUUUCUGUACUCUUUUUCAAAUCAUAAAAGUAACAGCUCCAUGUGCAAUCGUAGCUUUGGUGUACAUCGAACGACUUUUAACUAGUGCUAACAUCGAUCUUUGUCCUACUAAUUGGAAAAAGAUUGUCCUCGGAGCCAUGCUUCUUGCCUCCAAGGUUUGGAGAAACCAUGGUCUGUGGAGUGUGGAUGACAGCCAGAUUCCCCAGGACGUUGCAGUUGAGAACAUGAGCAAGAUGGAGAAGUGUUUCUUAGAGCUACUUGAGUUUAAUAUUCAUGUAUCUGCCGGUGUUUAUGCAAAAUAUUACUUUGACCUGCGUGCCUUGGCAAAUGACCAUGACCUGUAUUUUCUAUUUAGUUUUCUUCACAAAGAUAAAGCACAGAAACUGGAGGCUAUGUCACAGCCAUGUGAAUACAAAGACUUACAUCAACAUGCCGCUGCUAUGAAAAGGGCUAUCAGCAUGAACAUCAUUGGUAUUCGGUGCUCUAAUGCCAUCUUAUCUUAA